AUGGACGGCGUCGCAUACACGACAGGAAUCGAACUAGACAACGACCAUAAGCAAAUUCAUUUCUCUUGUGACUACAUUGCCAGCCGCAAGUCUGAGCUCAAAGCGCGAGAGAUUAUGGGUGUUUUGGUGCAUGAAAUGGUUCACGCAUGGCAGUGGAACGGGCAGGAUCAGGCGCCAGGAGGCCUGAUAGAGGGGAUCGCUGACUUCGUGCGAUUGAAGGCUGGACUUGAUCCCCCACACUGGAAAAGAGAACAGGCCGAGAAAUGGGACCAAGGUUAUCAGCACACUGCGUACUUCUUGGAAUGGAUCGAGACGAAGUACGGACAGGGUAGUGUCAGAAGGAUCAAUGAUGGAUUGAAAGAUGCAAAGUAUGACGAGGGCGACUUUUGGCGUGGCCUGUUUGAAUCCAGCGUCAACGAUUUAUGGGAAAAGUAUAAAGCAUAUUUGGAAGAUACCCUGCCUGGAAAGCGGUCAGAGUCGGACCAAGAGAACAUUGAGCCGAGUAUGGAAGAUACUAAAUUUUGGAAUCUCGUCCGAGAGCGAGAGGGAGGUGAAAAGAGUGUCGUUAUGAAGGCGAUUUGGCGAACGAACAGGCAUAAUCCUGAAGGUUCCGACCGUGAAAUUGGUAGCAUUGGUGAGCAAUUAGACAGUCUCUGGUCAGAGUACUUGAAAGCCAGAUUGGAAAGCUGA